GAUCUAUGAGUCAUAACACAACGUGGUCCUGCGUGAUGACGAACGUCGACCCCCGUCGCUUUAUGAAAGGCAAGCUCCCUCCGUGAGUCGCGCGUCGGUGUGUCAGUUAGUUGUUGUGUAAGACAAGAAGCUCCUCAUGUUAAGAAGCCGUCUCCAGAGCGCACUCGUCUCAUCUACGCAGGUCAUUCUCGGUGUGUAUCCACCGGCUGUGAGUGUCGCUGCCUCCGUCCGCUCAGGUCCAACCGAACAGACCAGGGAGAAGAGUCUACGGUUAGCUGAGAAGGGAAGUGGGCUCCGCUUGCUCGUUUCGUCAGACAGAUGCUUCCAGCCGCCCAGCUUGACAAGAAUGAAGGAAUGUGUCAACUAGCAGAUGAGCCAUUUCUCAAGGAUGUUAUUGGACUGAAGAAUUCAUCUGCAGUAUUCACACCAGAAGAAGACAAAGGAGGGACAAGAGAGAGGCCAGAGAAGGAGGUGGAAGUGACUGACGAAGUUGAACUGGACACAAUGGGAGUAGGAAAAAACACCACCUCUAAGUCGAUGGAUGGUGGCAGUGAAGGAAAAUUUGAAGAGGAGAACAAACACAGCGCUGAUUUCUACCCUGUUUCGGUGCUCGUGAAUGGAGCCAGUGGGGCCAGCGGAGACCAGGACACUGAGAACACAGAGCUGAUGGCCAUAUACACUAAAGACAUUCAAAAUGCAGAGAAGAGCUCAAUGUCGGAGACACUGGACAGUACUGACAGUACUGAUGCUCGACGGAUGGACAUGAUUUACACCAUUGAAGACACUCCGCCCUGGUACCUGUGUGUUUUCCUGGGCUUACAGCACUACCUGACCUGCUUCAGUGGGACAAUCGCCGUGCCCUUCCUACUCGCUGAUGCCAUGUGCGUUGGGUUUGAUCAGUGGGCCACCAGUCAGCUCAUAGGGACCAUCUUUUUCUGUGUGGGCAUCACCACCCUACUACAGACCACCCUGGGCUGCAGGUUGCCUUUGUUUCAAGCUAGUGCGUUUGCUUUCCUCGCCCCAGCCAGGGCCAUCCUGUCCCUGGACAAGUGGAAGUGCAACACCACAGACGUUCCUGCAUUUAACAGCACCGAGCUUCUUAACACAGAGCACAUCUGGCAUCCAAGGAUACGGGAGAUCCAGGGGGCGAUCAUCGUGUCCUCUCUGAUUGAAGUAUGCAUCGGUGCACUUGGUCUUCCCGGAAUCCUUCUCAAGUACAUCGGACCCUUGACUAUCACGCCAACUGUAGCGCUCAUCGGCCUCUCUGGUUUCCAGGCUGCGGGGGAGAGGGCUGGGAAACACUGGGGCAUUGCCAUGCUGACUAUCUUUCUGGUGCUGGUUUUCUCACAGUACGCCAGAAACGUCCAGUUCCCUCUCCCUGUCUACAAAGCCAAGAAAGGCUGGACCUCCUAUAAACUGCAAGUCUUCAAAAUGUUCCCGAUCAUCAUGGCCAUUCUGGUUUCAUGGCUGCUGUGUUUUAUUUUUACUGUGACUGAUGUUUUCCCGCCGGAGACGGAUAAAUAUGGUUUCUACGCCCGUACUGACGCACGCCAGGGCAUCCUCACGGCUGCACCGUGGUUCAAGGUCCCGUAUCCCUUCCAGUGGGGUUUUCCCACGGUGACAGCAGCAGGAGUGAUCGGCAUGAUGAGCGCUGUGGUGUCCAGCAUCAUCGAGUCCAUCGGAGAUUACUACGCCUGCGCUCGUCUCUCUGGUGCUCCUCCACCACCCAUACACGCCAUCAACAGAGGCAUAUUUAUGGAGGGUAUUUCCUGUGUGCUGGAUGGAGUUUUUGGCACAGGAAAUGGCUCGACCUCCUCCAGCCCAAAUAUAGGCGUCCUGGGAAUCACCAAGGUGGGAAGCAGGCGCGUGAUCCAGUAUGGAGCGGCCAUGAUGCUGCUGCUAGGCAUGGUGGGUAAAUUCAGCGCUCUGUUUGCCUCGCUGCCUGACCCCGUCCUGGGAGCUCUGUUCUGCACGUUGUUCGGCAUGAUUACAGCCGUGGGACUGUCCAACCUGCAGUUUGUGGACCUCAACUCCUCCAGGAACCUCUUUGUCCUCGGCUUCUCCAUCUUUUUCGGCCUGAUGCUGCCGAGCUACCUCAAGAAGAACCCUCUGGUGACAGGAAUAGUUGAGGUCGACCAAGUGCUAAAUGUCCUCCUCACCACAGCCAUGUUUGUCGGAGGUUCAGUGGCCUUCAUUCUGGACAACACUAUCCCUGGUUCCUCCGAAGAACGAGGCCUUAAGAAGCUAAAGCGAGGCGUCGGCGUCAGCGGGACAGAACUGGAGGGCAUGAGAUCAUACGACCUGCCUUUCGGAAUGACCAUCAUCCGCAGAUAUUCCUUCUUCAAAUACUUACCCAUCAGCCCGGCCUUCACGGGCUAUCAGUGGGGGCGGUUACAGAAGGCCUGCAGGAGCAGGAUGGGACCCGGGGAAGUCGUGAAGGGAGGAGGAAUGGGAGGGGAGGGAGGCUCAGCAUCAGGGGAGAGUCGGGUAUAGUACACGUAGCUGUGUUUUGGGGGAGCGGAGGGCGAUGAGAGGAGGGUGGAGGUUCAGACAGUGCACCAACUCCCAUCACUCUGUGUUCUUUGUCCCAGGUCAGGCCCACGGUCGGCCUCUGCUAGUUUAGGUCUGUUUAACAAAUCAACACGGUUAACCCAAGAUUGUUGGUGUUUGUUUGUGUCUCGGUUUUAGCAGACACACACACACACACACACGUGACAACACUUCCAGAGUCCAGAGUGAGAGUGACGGAGGUUAAACGUUCAGAAACGGAAUGUCUUGAUUUUCACCACUGCCAACUCUAACGUGCCACUCUCUCCUCUGUGACUUUUUCCACUUAAAGCCCAGUGGUUUUGUCAUGGAUACAUCCCAUUAAAU